AUGGCUACCAGUGAAAAAGCUUCUGUGCCGGCGAUGGAUGCGAAGGAGGGGAAGGAUUCGCUCGUUGGGUUGACUGCUGGGGUGGAUACAGCUGGGAAUACAGAUACAGCUACGAACACAGCUACAUUUCCCACGAAGAGCGAUACCAAAACCCACGGCGCUGCAGAAGACGAGGAUACCUCGAAAGCUUCCACAGCAGCAGAACCCGAGAGAAACCUCGAGACGGAUUCGAAAGCUAUGCCCCCGCCUCCACCUCCACCUCCCCUCAACACGUCAGCGGACCGGGUCUCGAAAGCGCAGGGCAUUUCUUCCUCCUCCUCCCCUCACCAAGUCCAUGAUGCCUCAACCUCGCAGUCGCAGUCGCAGGACCCAGCCCGCGGCCCAGCCGGAGUAAGCAAGGAUGCCAAAGAGGUCAGCAACAGCAAGGAAAAACUACGGCCGCCCUUCGCGCCCUUCUUUACGCUGGUGAACGAUAUCGAUUUCUCGGGCGAGGAAAAGGAGAAGAGCACGCAUCACCCUACACAGGUGCAUUAUAUUUUCGAGGAUGAUGAGGAUAGCGGGGUAUUGAGUGCGGCGCUGUUGCGCUGCGUGGAUGCGCAGACGCAACAUGCUCGAUAUCAGUCUGCAGGAGAUGAGUACGACGACGAUAAUGAUGAUGAUGGCCAGGAUGAAGAUGAAGACGAAGAACCAGGAUUAGAAGCGGAUGCAGAUACCGGAUCCAGCUCCUCGAGCGCUACGUUCCGGAGAGGCGAGACCCGCAUACCCUCUUCUGUCAGGACCAGAACGCUCAAAGGAACUGCAAAACAAAUAGGCAAAGGAAAAGGCAAAAGCAAAAGAAGAAGCGGAGAGGGAGGGACAAACGCACCCUCACACACCAGGGACGCAGCCAGAGAAGAGAGGAUCGUCAUCGUCGACGUGAACCGCGCCGGCGACGCCGUCACCAAGAUCGCAAGCCUCACGCCCAGCUGGGCCGUCCUGAGCGCGGACAUCAGCAGGGCGCCUACGUGGGACGGCGCCGACAUCGAGGAGGGUGGGGACGAGACGGAAAACGAUAACGUAUCUCCUGCUGGCGGGAUGAUGUUGAGGAUUGAGGGGACAGGCAUCGAUCGCAGCAGUGCUGGUGGUGCCGGCGGCGGCGGGCUGGGGAGUCUGUCCCUGGCUGAAGGUCGAGGUGGUGCGAAGGGGAAAGGAAAAGAGAAAGGGAAGGGGAAAGUGGAAAGGGAAGGGGAAGGGGGGGGGAGAGGGAGCGGGCUGGGAUCUGGUGUGGGUGUGGGAAUCGGGACUGGGAUUGGAGAGGACGAGAUGCAAAGCCUGCUCGAAUCCUUUGAUCGCAAGAUGUGUGUUCUCAGACGGGUCGUCAGACUCGGAAGCCGUGAGAGUUUGGGGGGUGGUGGUGGUGGUGGUGGUGGUGGUGGCGAGGAGGGUGGUGAAGCGUGA